GAGGCUAAUGUGUACUGCACUUACAUUAGAAUUUCUGACUCUUCCAAAAAUAAUUGGGACAGCCCUAGCCUGGAAUCAAGGCUAGCUAGCUAGCUAGUCGAGUCUGUACGUACAGAUCAAUACAAAAAUGACCAAAUGUGCAUGCCUCUUGCUGCUGCUGGUUGUAUCUUCAUCAACAGCUUUCCAAACGGCUUCUGUGUACAAGACUGAUGAAGGAUUGAAGAUUGUGGAGGGUUUAGACCCAAACGCAGUGGCCUAUGCAACUUACAACGAUACUGUCAAUGAGAAUGGAUGGAAAGUUCUGGAAAUAGCUGCUGGCUACAGCAGCCAAGGCUUUGUUGAUUGUGAUAUAAUGUCAGCUGCCGGUAUGCUGGAAGGCUAUUUAACACAAAAAGACAUUUUCAACAUGUUCACAUCCUUGAGCAAUGAAUCAUUCAGUGGACACAGCCUUGAGUACAUAAAGAAAGUGAAGGAAUUUUAUGAGGAUCAGCGAGAAUGGAUGCAGGAGAUGAUCAACAGUACUGAAAGAAGCUCUUCAUUCUGGUACUACACUGCUCUGAUCCUUAAACAAUUCGACGGUAUGAAAACUGGUUAUGCACUGGCAGCCACUCAGGCUCAGCAACUUGAAGACUUUGCCUUCGACUUUCUCUCUGGUAAUGGAGACUACCUGGACAUUGCACACUUUGUUAACCCGGGCAGCAGGCCUGAUGUGUCCACUCUAUCAAAGAAUGAGAUAAUAGAUCUGAUGAAUAAGGGACAUUGCUCUGCUCUUAUCAAGAUACUCUCUGGCUACGAGAACGUUUAUGCAGCUCAUUCAAGCUGGUACAUCUAUACCGCAAUGAACAGAAUAUUCAAGCACUACACAUUUAGAGUUCACAAUGAGUACUCAAUGCCUGCUACUCAGCGGAUGUCCUUUUCCAGUUACCCUGGUUACUUGUCCUCCUUAGAUGACUUUUACAUCAUGGACAGUGGUCUCGUGAUGUUGCAGACUACCAAUAGCAUUUACAACAAAACCUUGUACGACUACAGCACACCCAAAGCUCUCCUGGCCUGGCACAGAGUCAGACUGGCCAACUGGUUGGCAGAGGGAGGCAAGGACUGGGCAGACAUUGUCAGCCAGUAUAAUUCAGGUACUUACAAUAACCAGUACAUGGUACUUGACAUGAAAAAGAUAGAGCUGAAGAAGGCAGUACAUGAUGAUGCACUAUGGGUGGUAGAGCAAAUACCGGGCCUUGUGGAGAGUGGUGAUCAGUCGAGCAUCUUGAGAGCUGGCUACUGGCCGUCAUACAAUGUCCCUUUCUAUGAGACCAUAUUCCAGGUUUCUGGGUAUGCUGCUGCUGAGCAGAAGUUUGGGGCUGAUGUUUCCUACCAGCUAUGUCCUAGGGCUAAAAUAUUUAGGAGAGAUCAAGCAAAUGUGAAAGAUAUGGACACUAUGCAGUACAUAAUGCGUUUCAACGACUACCAAAAUGAUCCAUACUCAGAGGGCAAUCCCAUGAACUCCAUCUGUAGCCGUGGCGAUCUCAAAAACCCACCCUUUGCAGGUGGUUGCUAUGAUACCAAGGUCACUGACUACAACAUGGCUAAGUCAUUGCAAUCAUUUGCGCAGAAUGGCCCUACUCAUCAGAACCUUCCCCCUUUCCGCUGGUCUUCAAGCGGCUUAGAUCCCAUGCCUAUGCAUCUAGGACAGCCUGAUGUGUUCAAUUUUACUUUUGUUCUGAUGGAACCGAAAAUACCCUGAAAAUGAAACUGAGAUUAUAGUGUGUGACAUUAAUACCAGUACACUCAUUACUUUUAGCUUUAAUUCUCGUGUCACUUUUGUCAUACAUAAUAUAUAAGUAUAUAAUAUAUAAGUGUAUAGUUAUUGUGCAAUGUAUAUUAUAUACAAUGUAAGUUGAAACUCA